AUGUCUUCAUUCAUGGAUGGAACCCUUUCUCUCGGUCACUCUGGGACUACAGUGACGUUUCUUGGAUGUGGAACCCUUGGGACUUCGAUCCUGUCCGGCAUAAUGGCAUCUCUCUCUGAACCCAGGAGUUCGUCAGCCUAUCCUCCACUGUCAGGUUCCGCCACGCCUUCAGAGGGUUUGCCCUUGCACCAGAUCCCAUCUCGAUUCAUUGCCUGUGUACGAAGGGCCGAGUCGGUGAAGCGUAUACAGCAUAUCCUGAGCCCGUACCACCUUCCCUUGACCAUUCUGCAAAACGAGAACGUCAAAGGUGUCACCGACAGUGAUGUCGUCAUCCUCGGCUGCAAGCCAUACAUGCUGAAUGACGUUCUCAAUGUUCCCGGAAUGAGAGAUGCCCUCAAGGGUAAACUCUUGAUCAGUAUCCUUGCUGGUGUGCCGGCUGAACAGAUCGAAGAGGUCCUGUACAAGGACUCUGAUGUUGACAUGGCAGACAGAUGUCGUGUCGUUCGUGCGAUGCCAAACACUGCCGCCAUUGUUAGGGAAUCGAUGACCGUCAUUGCUAGCACCAACCCGCCACUUUCCCACAUCCAGAACACAAUGGUUGCCUGGAUCUUCACUCGUGUGGGUCGUGUCAUCACUCUCCCCCCACACAUCAUGGACGCAAGCACUGCUCUGGCUGGAUCCGGCACUGCUUUCGUCGCCCUUGUUUUGGAGGCCCUGGCUGACGGAGCCGUCGCCAUGGGUCUCCCAAGAGCCGAAUCACAGUUGAUGGCUGCUCAAGUUAUGCGUGGAACCGCUGGGAUGGUUCUCAACGGUGAGCACCCGGCUCUGAUUCGUGAGAAAACUAGCACCCCUGGUGGUUGCACUAUCGGUGGCCUUCUUGUUCUCGAGGAAGGGCGAGUCCGAGGAACGAUCGCACGCUCUGUUAGAGAGGCAACCGUCGUUGCCAGUCAACUUGGCAAGGGUGUCCAGGGCGUUAACGGAACAAGAUUCUAA